UUUGUUAAAAUUCGUGAUUGUGAUUCGUAAUUGCUAAAAUAACUAGCGAAUUUGGAUUUCUUUAGAGCCGAUUUCUUAUUUGUUGCAAGUAUGUUUAUUUUCAAAAUAUAAUUUGUAUUAGAAAAAUCUAGGGCCGUAGUGACUUGACCGUUUUGUGACCUGUGAAAAUAUGAACCCUUUUGUGAUUUUGGAAUAAUGAUGAAUACUGGAAUACUACCAACUUAAAAGUUUGCUAACUCUAUGAGCAUAUAGUAAUAUACACCGAGUUUAAAAAUGAUGACUUCAGAGGAGUCGGACUCGAUGAGUACCAUACCAUCCGAUGGCCACCCAGAAGAAGUUUUGGCAUCAGGGGCCGAAGAAGCCCCAUCAUCGAUGGUGUCCAGCGAGGCGGAGUCCGAGGGCAGUGUGCUAUCGGAGCCCCAGCGUCACGACACUACAGACUUCACCCAUAUGGGCGAAGGUGGUGAUGGGUACCAAUCAACCCUGGACAAGAGUAUAGGACCUCCUGAUAUACGUGCGGUCGGCAGCACGUUAGCGUCUCUGGUCUCUACUAGAGGUUCAAUGCUGCCAUGGGGCACUCACAAGGGCCCCGUGCUGACGACGGACACAGAGAGACCUGGGGAGUUCGUGAUGAGGCUUCUGUUCACCGAGUUUACGGUGCAGGCUGAGAGGAAGAUGGAGGCUGUCAUGGCUGAGCCGCUGGAGAAACCUCUCAACAAGACCCUACAAAGGGGCGAGGAUCCGCAGCUUGAUCAGAUACUAUCAGCGUUUGGGACGGUGGCUGAGCAUUGUCUGCCGUCGCUGCUGCGGGCAUUGUUCGGCUGGCUGGAGCGACAGAUGGCUGACUCUCAGCAGCUCAACGAACAAGCCAAGAAGCCGCAUCAGGAUUUGAGGAAUAAGAGCAUAAUCUACAUAGUAUCAGGCAGCGGUGCCGGCACGGAGACAGUUGAGAGGAGCUGCGAGGAACUCCAGGCGGAGAGGCGAGACCUGGCUGUCGAGUUCCUGUUCUGUCUCGCCCUCAUUGAGGUGCUGAAGCAGCUGCCCUUCCACCCAGGCCACGAGGACCUGGUGCAGUAUAUCGAGAAUGUGGCGUUCAAGCGGUUCAAUUAUAAGGAAGGCUUGCAAUCAAAUCCCAAUGCGGCGAAUGUGCAUAUCAUAGCCGACUUGUACGCGGAAGUCAUCGGCGUCCUAGCACAGUCCAGAUUCGCCUCAGUCAAGAAGAGGUUUACAGCUGAACUAAAAGAGCUGAAAAGUCGUGAACCCUCGCCUCACACAACACAAAGUAUCAUCUCUCUGCUAAUGGGUAUGAAGUUUUUCCGAGUGAAGAUGGUUCCGAUAGAGGAGUUUGAAGCGUCGUUUCAGUUUCUACAGGAGUGUGGUCAGUACUUUGUUGAAGUGAAGGAUAAAGACAUCAGACAUGCCCUAGCUGGAUUGUUUGUGGAGAUAUUAGUGCCUGUUGCGGCGACUGUAAAGAACGAAGUGAACGUGCCGUGUUUGAAGAAUUUCGUCGAAAUGCUAUACAGUCAUACGUUAGACGCCAGUACCAAGUCCAAACAUCGCCUGGCUCUGUUCCCUCUGGUCACUUGCCUACUUUGUGUCUCGCAGAAGCAGUUCUUUCUAGCCAAUUGGCAUUGCUUUCUUGCCAUGUGCCUGUCGCAUCUGAAAAACAGAGACCCGAAGAUGUGUCGUGUCGCUCUUGAAUCACUAUACCGUUUACUGUGGGUGUACAUGAUAAGGAUCAAAUGCGAGAGCAACUCAGCGACUCAAUCGCGCCUACAGAGCAUCGUCAAUUCCCUCUUCCCUAAGGGAUCGAAAGGCGUCGUACCAAGAGAUACACCACUCAACAUAUUCGUCAAAAUCAUCCAAUUCAUAGCUCAAGAGCGACUCGAUUUCGCCAUGCGAGAAAUCGUCUUCGAUCUCCUGAUGGUCGGUCGUCCGAUCAAAAUCAUUUUGACCCCAGAAAGAAUGUCAAUAGGCCUCCGCGCUUUUCUUGUGGUCGCUGACAGUUUACAACAGAAAGAGGGAGAGCCACCGAUGCCUCGAACUUCCGGUACUUUGCCCAGUGGUAACACUCUUCGUGUGAAGAAAACGUUUCUCAACAAAAUGUUGACGGAUGAAACGGCUAGGUCUAUUGGAAUGAGUGCAUAUUUCACAUACGUUAGACGGGUCCUGGUGGAGAUACUUAGGGCUUUAGAUGCGCAUUAUGGACGACCACUGAUGCUGACCAAUACGCAGAAUGUAACGAAGGAGCAAGAAAUCAAUACGGGCGAGAGGAAGCCUAGAAUCGAUCUGUUCAGGACCUGCGUUGCGGCUAUACCUAGAAUAAUUCCAGAAGGCAUGAGCUCAAGUGAACUAGUGGACUUACUCUGUCGCCUCACGGUUCAUAUGGAUGAGGAACUCCGAGGUCUAUCCUUCCAAAGUCUGCAAACAUUAAUAGUGGACUUUCCGGAAUGGCGACAAGAUGUUCUAGCAGGUUUCACUCAAUUCCUAGCCAAAGAGGUGCAAGACACAUCGCCCCAGUUGGUCGAGAAUGGCCUCAGAAUGUUGCUGCAACUGUUAACCAGCUGGAAGAAUGGGGAGCCGACUACGAAUGUGCCGCCUAAGCCCGAGCCCCUUGCUUCGGUGAUUCGAGGCGCGGAAGCGUUGGGACUUGUAAUGUUAUGCCAAAGUAAAGCGUACCCGCGAAGACUUGCGGUUCACAUUUUGAGGGAAACAAAAUGUCUGCUCGAGAAGCUGCAACUAACCCGUGAUGAGCCAGCGCUAAUAGAUGCGGCCGACGCCCAUGUGCCGCAUUUCACUGAGAAGUGCCUCCCAAUACUGCCUCCUGCGGAGAAACAAGCAGUAUUAGCAGCUGGUCAGCCUGAUCUAGUGUGGGUGGCUGAACGAAGCCAUGCUGUUUGGACUGCAGGAUUACAACACGACGAAACAUCGACCAAGAAUAGUUGGAGUGGAAGCUCAACGAAUGGCGCUGACCCUUGGGAGAUCGUUCUAUUUGGUCUGUUGGAGAAGAGUCGCGUCCCAGCCAAGUGUCCGGCCACAGUGCUACAAGCCUGGCCGAUAUUACACGCGAGGAUACACGCUCUCUACACCAUCAUUGAACCUGCACCUGUCAACGACAAUCGCGCUUCACUUCUCUCUCGCGGGCCCGCCUUACCGCGAAAGCCUGAGAAGGAGAGAGAUGGAUAUAUGCAAGUCUGGAAAUACUACAUGACGAUGGCAUAUCUAGUCGUCCCAGCUAUUCCCAGCCCGGUCAUAAGAUGUGCAAGUCCCGAUCUUAGCCUAAGCACGGAGUCCGAGGGAUGGAUGGGGCUGCCAAAUCUGAGUACCUCGACCGAGAACCUCAGCGCUUCCAGUGGAUUCUUCACAUUGCCUUUGAGCUAUGCCCGUUCACACAGGCACCAUAAGCGGACGAGUUCAUCACCGGAUUCGCUGAGUGAACGCAGCGGCGGCGAAUCGCGGUCGCCUCAGGCGGCGCCGGGCUCGCUACACAAGCUCGCGGUUCCGCUGGCGAGGUGUGAAGUACCCGAAGUGAGGGACGCGGCGGUGUCCGCAUGUGGGCACAUCAACCCGGACGCAUUGAAGGAUCUAUUCGAAGAGCUAGUGCCGCUAUUACGCGAGGCGGUGGAUCGCAAACAGGAGAAUAUGCGGCGGCGCCGGCGACGCGACGCUCUCAGACUACAUCUUAACAAGAUGCUGCUUGUUAUAGCGCAGAGGAAGACUUUCGCUACCAGCUCAUUCACUUUAGAGAACGGCAGUCUUCAUUCCAACCUGACGGAAUAUCUGGAUGGCGUGCGGCAGUCGCUGGAUGUGGAAGCGGAAAAGGACGCUCCGGCCGCGAGAGAACAGAGACUGACUUUCGCGGAGUUCGUCACGGAACUGAUUAAGAGUUUUCCACCGGAAAUGUACAACGGCCUCAUCAAGCGGGAGCUAUGCAAGGGUCUGUUCUCACUGUUCGCCGGCUGGUGCGGCCCGCUUGUGGCGCAUCUCGGUUCGCUAGUUCCGCAGCCGCAGCCACCGCCGGAGAUCGACGAUAGACUGAACCUGGCUGCGUUGAAGGCUAUGAGUGCAUUGGCUUGCUGCGGUCCGUGCUUCGCGCCGAACGGAUUGGCCGAAGACGGUGCCUUGUACCCGUGGCUAAGUGAAAUGCUGUCCUCUACCAAUGAUAAGGUCUACGAGCUGGCUCGCGAGACGAUAGUCCACCUGUUGGACUGCAAUCCCGACAUCGGCCCGCUUCUGGACUGGACGGUGGACAAGUGCUUCACCGGCCCUCCACGAGUCGCAGACGGCUGCUUCAUGGCGCUAGCCACUAUAUUUAGUGCCAGGGAGUAUCCAUGCGACCACUACACAGCAAUCAUCAACGUCACACUCAUGUGUACUGGCUGUCCUCGAGCGCCGGUACAUGAGAGCGCUCUGCAGUUAUUGCAGCUGUUGGACAAGAGAUUCUUCGGCACCGUUGGUCCGCUGCCGGCCGAGGAGGAGGGUUCGGAGAAAGGUCGCGGCACUUUGGACGUGUUGCUCUGCACAACUUACUGUCGCUCGCAACUUUACCUGUCGCGGCAACUGUCGCAGCUUCACCCGGAACUCACCAUGCCCAUGUUCUCAGAAAUCACCGCGAGGUUCCAGACGGCGCGUAUCGAGGUCCGCCAACUUCUGCUGCAGUACUUGCUGCCGUGGUUGGUCAAUAUUGAGCUCGUCGAUCCCAAUGUGCCGCCGGCAAACCCGCUGUCUUAUAUACAGUAUUACGCGUCUGAGGCGGGGCGGAGCGGGCGACGGGAGGGGCUGGGCUCAGUCGAGGCCACCGAGAUGGUCCUCAACAACCUCUUCUACAUCACUGUUAAGUUCUCUGACAACCAUCCCAAAGAGAUCGAGGAGUUGUGGUCGACAUUGUGUGCGUGCUGGCCCAACAACCUCAAGGUCAUCAUACGAUACCUGAUCAUCGUGUCAGGGAUGGCGCCCAACGAGCUGCUGCCUUAUGCGAAGCGCGUAGUCCUCUACCUAGCGCGAUCGAGACCUGAGCGUCUUCUAGACGAGAUGAUGACAGAACUACAGACUGUGGAGACACUGAACUGUCUCAUAGAGAGAACUGAGACACCGCCUUUCUACCGCCUCACGUCCAUGAGGAAGGCUACGUCGGGACACAGCGAUGGACCAGGGACGGGAUCGCAGGAUGCGACUGGCAGAACAGGCGAAUUGGCUCCUGUCGAAAAAGGCACGAUCCACACCAAGAGGCACAGUGGCGAAGAUCCGGCUAAACAGUGUGGGGCGAAAGCGGAGACACCGGCUCGGUCGGACAAACGUGCUUCAGCGCCGCCUUGUACAACACCGCCAGUGGAAGACGACCCCACUCCACCGUCUGAUGGUGAUGCCACACCGACGGGAAUGUGCCCAGAAAUCGGCCCAAGCAGUAGUCUACCGUCGACGCCCUUGGAGACUCGAGUCGACCUGCCCCAACCGAGGCCGCUACCGAUGCCAGAGUAUGGCGGUUUCUUCGCCCUACUUACUGAGUACCUACCGGACAGCAAUCAACCGGUGUCUGGGUUCCAUAGAUGCAACGUUGCUGUGAUGCUGUUGUGUGACGUGGUUUUGGAUGGAGUGGAACUGGACUGGUCGAUCCAUGUGCCGCUGAUGCUGCACAUCGUCUUCCUAGGGAUGGAUCAUACCAGAUGGAUAGUCCACCAGCACUGUCGGCAGUUACUCCUAAACCUGCUAGUUGCGGUGGCAGCUCACCACGACCAUCUGACAGUAGCGCGGGUGUUACUCGCUGCAAGAUCCGCCAAGCUCGGCCUGGCGUUACAGUCGCCGCCGCUGCCGCUAGUACCGCAUAACUUCACAGAACCAGAUGUAGCCGCGGAGCCUGCGCCGCCCUGCACCCACAAUAACAACAACAGGAGUCAUGUCCGAUCCCUCUUCUCUGACAAUACUCAGACUACACCUGAAGCUUUAGCCCGCACCUUUGUUCGCAUAGAGCGAAAGUAUAUAUUUACCACCGGAACCGUACGUUUUGGGAGAAUAAAAGCGGAAACGGAGAACUACCCAUCUCUACCGGUCAUCGUGACCAACGAACCGGAGGGCGAGGAGCAGGCGGAGGCAGAAACAACGCCAACGGAAAUGCCCGUGGCGGACGCCAUCAAAUCCCUCGUGCACUUCCUGGCGAGUCGGCCAACUCAUAUGCCGCUGUGGCAGUACGAGGAUAUCACUGCUAAAGUUUGGACGCUACGAAGUUGCCAACAGAUGGCGACACUGGUGCGUCACGUGCUACGCAUCUUCCGCGAGUCGUUACCACACGCGCUAAUUUCGGAGCGGUGGGCGCAGACCGCGUUACAGCUUGGCCUGUCAUGUCCGUCGCGACAUUACGCUGGCCGCUCGCUACAGGUGUUCCGUUUCAUCGGAGUUGCGAUGACGGGCCGCAUGGUGUCUGACAUUUUGUCCCGGUUGGUCGAGACAGUGGCUGAACAAGGGGAGGACAUGCAGGGCUACGUUACAGAGUUACUCCUGACCUUGGAAGCAGCUGUAGACUCGCUGGAAUCCAACUUCCGGCCACUCGACUAUAUGAGGGACAUUUUCAAGUCGACGCCCAAUCUGAAUAACAAAGAGGGUGUGACUGGCCAGCCGAACGGCAACGCGUAUGCUGCAGGUAAACGCUCGCCUGGCGUAUGUGUCGGUUGCGUCAGUAACCACACCCGCAGUACCAGCUACUCUGUGUCGUACUGCGUACGCAAAAACAACGCCCCGCCUUCCUCGGGGGAGAAACAGCAACACGGCAGCGCGCACGCAGAUAGGACCAGGCCGUGCAGUGAGCAGAAAGGCGCGUGUUCGAAUCUAUGUCGUUCGAGGUCAGCACAGUCCCUGAAACUGCUGGGAGAUAGUGCUACGCAGGACGACAAACUAACAAUACUGGCAACGCUAUUCUGGGUGGGCGCGUCUCUACUGGAAUCCGACUAUGAACACGAGUUUCUACUUGGCGUCCGAUUGCUCGCUCGAGUUAUGGCGAGGCUACCAUUGGAUCGGCCCGAUGCUAGAGAGCGAUUGGACAGAACUCAAGCGCACGGGACGCAUAGCCCACCGUCCCUACAUUCGUUGCUGCUGAAGGGCUGCACGCAUCCUAACACUUACGAACCCGUUGUAGGAGUGCUGGUAGAUAUGAUACCGUUGUUGGAGUUACCAGUGAUCGACCCAACGCAGUCGCUAGCUUUCCCCAUGACCGUGGUAGCACUCCUGCCGUACAUGCUGUUACACUACGAGGACGCGAACGAACUAUGCGUGAAAGCUGCGUGUCAUAUUGCUCAGUUCACGUCAGAGAAGAGCAAGAAGUUGGAGAACUUGGGCACCGUGAUGACGCUGUACUCGCGAAGGACUUUCAGUAAGGAGAGUUUCCAGUGGACCAAAUGUGUGGUGAAAUACCUGUGGGAUACGUACUCUCAUCUCUCACUGCAGAUGCUCGCUUUCCUUGUAGAAGUGUUGGAAAAGGGUUCCGUAAACCUCCAACUGCCAGUGCUCUCUAUACUACACUGUAUGUUGUACUACGUGGAACUGAACGCGCCCGCCGCACAGCCCGUCAACGCUGAUCUGUUGCGAGCCGUCGCCAAAUUCAUUGACCCCACUGUAAUACAGCAAGACGGCAGCAACUACAAGGAGGCGAUGAAGAUACUGAAGCUGGUGGUGACGCGGUGCUCCACGCUGGUGGUACCGCCCCACUGGGACCACGCCUCCUCCGUACUAGACGCCGAGACGCACGGCAAGAAGGAACUGCCGGGUCGGACGAUGGAUUUCACUUUCGACUUAUCCCAAACCCCAGUGAUCGGACGCAAGUAUUUGACCAAAGGCGGCGCUGGCAGUCAGCCCACUACUGGGCCGUCCUCUCUUUCAAAUGCUUCCUCUACUACUCCAGACAAAGGUUCAUCGACAUCCGGCUCAGCGUCAACAGUGGUGGGUCCGGAGCCGAGCGUCGCGGCGCACGCGGCGUCCCCACGCCGCUCGCUGUCCUUGUCGCCUGCUGAUGCGCUUGCGUCGGGCUGGAAGAGGCCUUGGAUGUCGCAGAGUCGCGUUCGUGAAUGUCUAGUCAACCUGCUUACAACGUGCGGGCAGCGAGUCGGCCUGCCCAAGAGCCCAUCUGACGAUUUAAUUACCACUUUAUGUUCCAAGGUGAUAUUCAGCCAAAGUUCCGAGCUGCUAGAACGGGAGUCUUCUAUGGCGUCAUCCUUGGAGGAGGUGUCUGGUACUCCCGGUAACGAGCCUUCUGGAGGUGCCCCUACUAAUGACCACUUCGGUGUGUUCAAAGACUUCGACUUUUUGGAGUACGAGAGCGAGAGCAUUGAGGGCGAAAGCUCAGACAACUUCAACUGGGGCGUCCGUCGGCGACUGUUGAGCGAGGAGAAGGAGGAUGGAAUCAUUGCGGAGCGGAGCCCUCCUCCGCAUCGCUCGCGGCCGCACGAACACGAUCAUCAUCAUCAUCUCAAGCCGGUGGGGCACGAAGACUCAUCGGACGAGGAGGCGGGCUGGGAAGACACGCCGGUCACUCGGGAAACCGGCGACGGUGACAACGCACAUGAGCUAGCGCUGCGUAUCCGCGCGCACUCCAUUUCGAGUGCCUCUAGUGGGGAACCCGAAGCUGAUCGCGGUGACGUCACACCGGUGCCGAGUGCCGUGAGCGGCGGCAUGCGGGACGCAUGGCGCGCGUCCGUAGCGGCACUACUACGCCCCGCCCACUUACCACCCUUGGCGUUAGUUCACAGACUACAUACGGUUUUGAAGGAAGUAACAUCGAAGACGAUAUCCGUAUGCGGCGAGGGGGCGUUGCUAUCUGGCGCGGGCGGCGGGGCCGGAGAGCUAGGUGCCGUCCUAGAGCGCCUGGCGGGGGAAGAGCCGCCAUUGUUGUGGGCGGGGCCAGCCGCGGCGGACUGCGCUAGAGUACGAGACGCUGUCAAAUACGCCGCCCUAGAGAUCAACGAACAUCUUGAGACGUAUUUCGAUAGACGAGAGCACGCUUUAGAGACGCUGGAACUAUCACGGAGUGCAGACGAAACUGGACGAUGUCUGUACAAACUGAUAUUCCAACUGCUGCUACUGUUGGAGACGAACAACAAAAUGGUGGUCGCCGUGUACCAUGCAGCACUAGAUAAUAGGGGCGUAGAGAUGAGCUCUGCGGUCAUGAGCGUGCGCGCGGCGCUGUGUGCCCACGCGGCGGAGUGGACGGAGCACUCGCCGCACUCGCCGCAGCCGCACGACGACGCCAGGCUGCUGCAGCUGAUGCACCGCCAGCGUUGGGGUGCAGCACUUUCCCUAGUACGGGACAGGAACGCGGAGAGAAUUCUGGAGAGAGGAGAGUUGCCGGAGGACGACGUGACCAGUCUACUGCACGUCUACUGCAAGGGCCUCGCCCAAGCACACCCAGACAUGGUGGCUAUCACUCGACCCGUGAACGAGCUAUCCCAGAACCUGUCGUUCAUGAUGGAGAGCCUCUACAAGGUGUCAGUUGCUCUUCAGCAUCAGGAGUUCGUCUGAUGCCGCGCCCGCGCCCGCGCCCGCAAAUAGCGUGCGCGGUGCUCGCUGGUACCAAACUUCUGUCGAUUGUGGCCGAUGUAAACUUGUUUUUUACUGACCAAGAGUAUAAAACCUUAGCUGCAAAUUAUUCAUAACAAUUUAAAAUUACAACCUCCUAAAUAAUAUUUACGCAGUAUAACUAUUAACUAAUCAAGGUCUUGUGUCUUAUAGGACUUUUCUUAGUUGUGCAAUAUGUAAGUGUUUGCAGCGCAUGUUUUAUAUUUUUGAUCAAGCGUUUUGAGUAUAGUCCCCCGAGCAAAACUGCCCAAGAUAGGCAUAAAUAAUCAUAUCGUUAAAUAGCCUUUUCUCCGGUGUCAAGAUUUGACUUGUCUAUUAUAGCUGGAGUGAAAGAGAGCAAAGAUACAUACAAAAUUCUACCGGUUUUACAAUCAGACUUUAGAUUUGGCACGGUCUUAUGUAGUUAUGCUAAGGGUAACUUACUCACAAAGUUUUUCCAUGUUCAACGUUUAUCCUAUUGCCAAGUAUACAAAAUUAUACUUAACAAUAGUGAUUAGUGUCAUGUCAAGAAACUUUGGUGUACGUUUUUAUGAUCUUGAAGUCGGCUUAUAAGUAAAAUACAGAAACCAUGAAGUACCAGUUAGCAUUAAGACGAAAAUGUAGGCAACUGUUUUAAAAAUUAUUAUUUAUGAUAUAUCGCAAAGUGAACGAUUGAAAUUUCAAAGUAUAGUAAAUUGACUACCUUUACGCCGAUGCGGCUAUUUCAUCUACCAAAUACAGUUUCUAUCAUGUCUGGAUUCUAUCGAACAACAAAAUAGAAUCGCAUGUACGUCAAACCAGAGUAAACAGAACUAACGAGUAGGCCGACUCAGAAGA